AGUGUGGGCGUGGGUGCUGAUCUGUCUCGGACCUGGACAAACACGCAGAAAGCUAUCGGAAGACGAGUUCUCAAUACUACCAUUGCAACUGUUUGACGAAUCCGAUGAUAAACUGGCUCGGUACGUACUGGAGUGCUCAGAUAUCAAGAGAGAUGAGAAAUGGAUUGACGCUCUAGCAGAAAUGAGUGACCACGAUUGUACGAAAUGUUUUGAGCGAUUCCUGGGAAGGUACAACAUCACCCACUACGUUAGUGCAAUCACACUAGGUGCUAGUAUGUUCAUUGUCGAGACUGAAUCCCAUUAUCAACGAACCGGCAUCAGUUCCCAUGGCAAGCUGGAGUACGAACCUAUUGUGAGUCUUGAAGCUUCAGCUACUUUCAGCAAAAAGCUCAAACGCAGCUCCAAGGAUAUCAGGUACAUUGGGAAGUUUUCUAAACAAGACAUGAGCACUGUAGAAAAGGAAGCAGUAAUCAGUGUUCAGCUCCAACCGAUUACAACUCUGAUUCAAAAUGAACGCCUCAGGAAAAAUUUGGAGGAAGUUCUGAAACUGUACAUACAGAAGCAAAAGCAAAAAACAGUUGGACCAUACUAUAUCUCCUGCAACGAUGCAAAAAUCUACCUAAGAGCUGAGGAGACCAAUGGACAUGCUCAUGUGUACGGAGUAAAAGACAAGGAGAGAGCAUCAAAGUUCUACAUCAUUCUCACUGAUGAUGGGGAACAUGCACACGAGUUCUACAUUGGCUAGAAAUCAGAUGAUACAGAUGGUACAAUGCGGUACCUCUGUGCACCUGUGUCGGUCUCUGGUUCCAACGCUGGACCUCUCUGCCUUGAAAGUCAAGGAAAGAAGCUCAACAGUCUCUUCUCAAUCAACAACCAACUCACAAAGCCUUUCUUUAGGCUGAGAAGUGAUGAAAAUGUCAAUCCAAAAGACUGGUUUAAUGGACAAGACUCAUAUUGAUUCGUUGCACAAGGAGAAUGUUUCGCGUGGAUGGUUUCCUGGCAGUUCGGAGUGAGACUGAAACUGGGGGCGACACAUAUCGGACGAUCACUAAGCGAGAUGCAUCUUGCCAUGACAUGAGGAUAUCCACAUGGCAUUUCGAAUUCAUCAGACAAUUCAAGAAGAUGAAAGUGUGAGCAGACCAGACAGUGCUGGUAGCUCAAUUUCAAGGAGAGAGAGUGAUGAAGUUACCCAACAACUUCUUAAUAAUUAAAACAAGCUUAUUUUUUUGUUCACCAAUUUUAGU